UCAGAUGUCAAUGUCAUUUUCUUAGUCGUAAACAAGGGAAUGUAAGGGCAUAUAAAAUAAUAAAUAAAACCUUUAAAACCUUUUAUAUUCAUAAAUUUAUCAAAAGUACCUAACAUUAAAUUAAUUACUUCUUAAAGUAGUUUAAACUAAAAAUACGUUCGUGUUUCAUUUUGGGGAGACAACUUUUAAUGUGCGUUACAUCCCCAAUUGAUCCAUAUCAAAUGAAAAUCUGAUAUAAUGAUGGAUGAAGGCCCCUAUCAAACAUAUCAGUACCUUCCAGAUGGAAAUGAAGACAAUCAAUUUUUUUUAGUACAAGAUGAUGGUAGUUUCUUAAGCUUAAAUAAUAGUCAAGUACAGUACAUGACACACGGACAAGAUGUCAAAGAAAUUGUCAGUCAUGUUCAGCCUUGUGCGGUGUAUGAUGUUUCAUCUCCACAAUUCUUAAUAGAUGUUAAUAACUCAUCUGAAGUUAUUUCUAUGCCUGAUCAGUUUAUUUUACCAAAUGGUCAAAAUAUUAUUAUUGCCAACAAUUAUCUUUUACCAGCGCAGAAUACUGUUGAGGAGCAGAUAGUACAGCAAAAUGAAGUUAUACAAUAUCACGAACCAGAAAAACAAAUUAUUGCAGAAGUCAAUAAUGAAAUGGAAAAAACAACAGAUAAUUGCACAGAGAUAACAUUGAAUGAUGAACAAUUUCAUACAUUAGAACAAAAAGGAUGGAUUCUUCUAGAAACAAAUGACAAAGUAUAUGUCCUUGACACAUUGGGACUACAUGAUGUAACAACAAAUGGUACAUUAAUUCAAAAGUUAAAAUCUACAGAAGGAAGUAAUGAAUGCAUUCAAGAAGAGACAAGCUUGUCAAGCCAACAAGGUAACAUACGUCUAAAUAUAGGAGAAGAUGGUGUAAAAUUAUCGGACGACAUUAUCGAGGACAAUGACUUUUUCUUAAUGAAUCCAAAUCUUGAUGAUCAAUAUGUCGAAUCAAUGGAAAUCUCAAGUAUGGAUACAACAAAUGAAGACGACAAUACAAUAAAAAUCGAAAUGGCUGAUCCAAAAACUUAUAAAUACAUAACACAAAGUAUGAUCAAUACAAUGCAAGAACAGAAUAUUAUUCAGCAAACGCAAAAUGUUGAUAACGAAAAUGUCGAUAUAAAACCAAAGAAUGUUUUGAAAAAAUCAAAAACAAGAAAUGUUAUGUUUAGAGUUAGUACCAACAUAGCAUUUAAAGAUAUUCCAGACAAAAUAGCCUUAGGAGAGACUAAAAGUGGAAAGAAAUUGUACGCAAAAAUCACAAAAAUGAACAGUAUUGAUAUGCCAAUAAAAAAAUACUCACCUCGAUGUAUAAAGAGAGUUUUGCGGAAUAAAGUUAAUAGCAGUGAUAAUAUCAAAGAAAAGAAAUUAAACAGUAUGAACAUGGAUGAGGAAGUAUUCGCGAAGCUGGUGAGGCAGGCGGCGCAGCAGAGCGCGGAGGUGAGGUGCAGCGCGCAGGACAUCUCCUCCGCACACACCACGGUCAUGCAGCUCCUCAAGAUACCUGACUUCAAGACGUCAGUGCUCGAUAGGAAUCUUAUUAUCACAAAGGUUGUAUCAAUGCAGGAUGAGAAAGGCGCGUCCAGCAGCGGCGGGCAACCAACACUGGUGACAGGCCGCGUCACUAUUGACUCCGGCCGCCAUUGCUUCGUGCAUGUGCCUGAUAUGCUGGACAAUAUUAUGAAUAAAACAGAAGAUUAUAAGACGGAACUCAAAAAAGAAGACAUAUCAGAUGUUAAUUUGGAAGAAAAUUAUGUUUUACAUGUACACGUUACUGAAAUGAAACGAGCCGACAAUGUACUACGAGUUUCUAUUACAUUAAAUACACGGAAACUACCGACUAAGGAGACAUUUGACGACAAUAGAAGGAAACUUGCCGGUAAAGUGUUCGCUUGUCGCAACUGCGCCGAGAUAUUCAAUACUGAAGACGAGUUGAAACAACAUCAACAGACAUCGUGCUGCCAAAAUUUGGAUGUGGAGGGAGAUCUCUCAAUAGAUUUAGACAAGAUGGUUGCUGGGUACACCACUGUCGUUGAAAAUGGAAAAGAUAAAAUAUAUCAUUGUAAUCAAUGUAAAAUGAAAUUCAUAAAGUUGCACAACUGUUUGAAGCAUUUGAAAACACAUUACAACUCGGAGACAAUAAAUGAUUCGAAGGACAGUUCGCAAAAUAUGACCCAAGCUGGGAACGUUCAAGGUAUUCAUAAAUGCAAAAUGUGCCCGUGCACUUUCAAUCAUCAACAAACACUAGUUAAGCAUAUCGUUAACAAACAUAUAAAAGUCUGAACAAUAUUAAAAUUUAUAAAGUGACAACAUUGUUUUAUUUAAGUUGACAGAAUCUUAGUUAAA